ACUUGAGACGCAUGCUGCAGCGUCGGGCCCGAAGUUGAUUAACGCGGCGAUUACCCCUACUAAGGUGUUCCCUUUGGUCCCCGAGGACUCUGCGAGAAUUGUAUGGCCGCGUGCGAGCACAGCGAUAUGAGCGAGAAGUAACCCAGCCACGUCGCGCUCGCCUACCAAGAGAAUCACGCUGGUGCUGAAGUUUUGACGUAUCCGGGAAGUAGAGUUAACAACUGGCGAUUACACGCGCGCGCGAGCCCGAUCCGACGAGGUGCUGUCAUUACCGAGGCAUUCUGAAGAUCGUGGGAUCUUCAGUCCCGACCUCACCGCUGUGGGAGACGCGUUUCCAGAGUUUGUUUGCCGCGGAUUGACAGGUCGGUUAGUGAGGUCGCGGAACACCACGGUGCACGGGACCGCGAAGUGAACGGCAAGCAGCUGGGGCGAGCACGAGCGCCGAUCGCGCUCGUCGGCAUUUCGAGUGAGCACUUUGUCUUCUCCUUCUGACGACUCCCGGACGACCUGAGGUCGUUAGGACGCACGUGGAGCGUGCAAACGUCACGAACGUGUCGCCCAGGGAAUUGCUCGCCCAGCUGCUGGAGACGUGGAAAGCGCACUCGUUUUCUACGUGCCCGAGCGCGCAUUUUACGGCGCGCACCUGCCGCCUGUAAAUGACACUUGUGAAAUCAACGCACACAGUUUCACCGUCCACAGCGUCGGGGAAGGGGUCGUUGACAAGAGCGCGCCGACCUGUUCGCCGGGCGCUGCUUCGCCGCAACACUUCCCGAAGAUAAUACCGGCCGCGUCGCACCUAGAAAGCCAUCGCCGUGAGGAGACUCCGCGCCGAGUCCCGAACAGGAAGCAGUCCCUGUGCCGGCGGUUUUCGCGCUACUGGAACUCCUCGCAGCUGUUACAAAUCGAGGCCACUGGAAGGACCGCGCGUUACCGCUUGACGAGGAAUAGCAGAUACCAGGAGAAGCGAGUCGUCGUGGUCUAAGAAUAUCGUGCGCGUUCGGAUCGUUGAACUCCUUCCUUUCUUUUUUCCACGUGUCGUGGUGAGCUUUCCGGGGGGAAAUAAAUCGGAAACUUUCUCCGGCGACGUCAAUAAGUCGCGCUGUAAACGAUGUCGACCACGUCCGACGACGAGGGCUCGCAGGAGGAUCAUCCGCAGCGCUACGACGUCGACGACUUGGAGAUUAUCAAGACAAUUGGCACAGGCACGUUCGGUAGAGUCGUGCUAUGUAGACACCACGGCACGCCGCUCGCUCUGAAAAUCCUCUCUAUGGUGGACGUGAUCAGGCUGAAGCAGGUCGAGCACGCGCGCAAUGAGAUCACAGUUCUGAAGGAAGUCAAUCACCCUUUCAUCGUCAACAUGCUAUGGAGCGGCAGGGACGAGGCUAGAAUUUACAUGUUGCUGGAAUUCGUUGCCGGUGGCGAGCUCUUUUCCUACCUAAGAGCGGCCGGAAGGUUCGCCGGGCCUACCAGUUGUUUUUACGCGUCCGAAAUAGUCUGUGCUUUGGAUUACCUCCAUAACAAGCAUAUAGUUUACAGGGAUCUCAAGCCAGAAAACCUUCUUUUGGAUAGCCAAGGUCAUCUGAAGAUCACCGACUUUGGAUUCUCCAAAAAACUCACGGAUAGAACAUGGACCUUGUGCGGCACGCCAGAAUACUUGGCGCCGGAAAUCAUACAAAGCAAAGGCCACAACAAAGCCGUGGACUGGUGGGCUUUGGGCGUUUUAAUCUACGAAAUGCUCGCGGGAUAUCCGCCAUUCUUCGACGACAAUCCUUUCGGUAUCUACGAGAAGAUUCUGAGCGGCAGGAUAGAGUGGCCGAAGCACGUUGAUCCUAUCGCCAAGGACCUGAUUAAGAAAUUGCUGGUCGCCGACAGGACGAAGAGAUUGGGAAACAUGCGGCAAGGCGCCGAGGACGUCAAGAGGCAUCGAUGGUUCAAAUUAGUCGAAUGGCCGCUGGUGCCACAAAGAGCCUUGACACCCCCGAUAAGGCCGCGUGUACAGGCGCCGGGCGACGCGAGCUGCUUCGACGAUUAUCCCGAGACCGACUGGCGUUCCCAACCACCCCUGCCGCCGGAUCAGCUAGCUCUCUUCCAGGACUUCUGACGAGCGGGGAGAUAACGCGACGAUAUCGCGGAAUAGUCGUGACAUUCAGCGCUUGACAGUUCGUCGGCAGACACUCAGACUCGUAUUAGCACUCCCUUGAAACUUGUCUCACGUGAGAUAGUCUGAAGAGAUCUGAAUUUAGAGACUUCAGACCCGAGUUUGUCGUUUAAAUUGCGUGCUACGUGUGCGACAUUGCAUCUGUGAUCGCGAUUCGACUGAAGAACUCGUAUUUAAUUCUAAAUUCAAAUCUAAAUGCCUCACUUAAGAUAAGUUUCAAGCUUCACGCUUAUUAAUACGAGCUUUUGUGCCUCAUGUGGUGACUGGAACUGGAAACAAGUGAACAGAGAUUCGACGUUACGUUAAUGUUACGUUGGAUAAUGAACUUUUUUACACUGUACAUAUAUAGGUGAUUUUUUAUAUUUUGUUGCGUAUUAUUUAUUGAUUCGUGCGCGCGCUGUCUAGACUAGGCAUUCCUUGUUUUCGCGAGAUCCUGUAAAUAAACGUUGAACGGUUAAUUUUA